AUUCGCGCAUAUUCCUGACUUACGAUAUCGACCAGCCGCGUAUGGAAGAACGCAGAACAACCAUUACCAAAGGUACCGACGCUUUGUGGGACGAAGAAACGCAAUUCGCCGUAUUCCAGCGCUGCCGCACAUCUAUCACGUUCCGCCUAGUCAGACGAGGUCUGUUCGGUAUGAUGACCCCAAUAGGCAAGGGCGAAUAUCCUCUGCGUAAUCUGCAAAGUUGCGUCAAUCACGAAGUGGAGAUUCCUUUAUUCGACAUGAUGCUAGGCCAUAUACCCGACACGGUGACUGACGAUACAAGUAGUCAGGUCUGUGGUCGGCUUCGGUUUACUCUCCACUUUUAUCCUGGAUUCGCUCCUAUCCAUGAGCGCGAAAUAGAAAGAAGUUUAACUGGUGUCGAGGCAAGUAUUCUAAAAAACAAUCUUGCUAGGACGAUCGAGCAGGAAUCAGUUAGUGUCCCGGAGGACGAAGAGGCUUUCCAUGUCGGGAAAGAGAGGCGAUUACACAAGAUUCAUCGGAAGAAAUACAUAAGACAAUUACAGUUUGUGAGCGAUGAGAUGAUGGACAAGUUACAUGCCGUUACUGGACAGAAAAAUUGGGAUGAUUAUCGGGAGGUUGUCGAGAGAGAGGCGUGA